GGAACGGUCCGCGGACCUCACCAUCUGCUCCUCGAAGCGCGGGGCCCCGGUUCCUGCUGCGCAGCCCCCUCAAUCCCACCCCGUGCUCCCUACAGAGUGGAACGGUCUGUGGGCCUCACCAUCUGCGCCCCCUGGGAGAGGGAGGGGGGCAGGGGAGGUCAAAAAAAUGUUGCUUUUAGUUUCCCGCAAACCUCUCCGCCAGUCCCACUCCCUCGGCCCCGACCCUGCCUGGAUACAACUGCAGAGGUCCACCCCAAGAGGGUUGGGUUGGGCUGGGGAAAGGGCAAGUGCCAAGGGCAUCGAUGUAGUACCAGCGAUGGGUGCUGGGUAGGACGAGACGGGGGGCAUUGGGAACCUGCUUUAGGAGCAGAAGUGGCUUGGCGCCCUCAGGGGUACGUUUUACAUUUUACAUUGACCUCUGCAACACCUUAGAUGGGGAUCGGGUCAAGGCUGGCCAGUGUGGCCAGGCAUUGGGUAUAGAGAAACAAGUGUGGCUCAAGAGCAGUAAUCGAUAGGGGGGUAGACAUUACAAGACCAUAGUCUUAGAAAUUACGUAACUGUUCGCUUUAAAGACGAGAAACCGAGUUCAGAGAGGUACUGUGACCUGCUUAGAGUCACACAGCAAGUUAGUGGAAGAGUUUGGAUUUGGAUCAAAGUCUUUUGACCUCAAAUCCAGGGCCGUUUUGGGGAAGCUCCUGGAACUGUAUCUCUCACUUUCCCUGUCACCCCAAGAGAAGGCAACUGACUCCAGCCACUCCUCCAGGUGAGCUCUAAACAAGGGCUCUAAACAGUUUCCCCCUCCACAGCCCUCCUGGUUUCCAGUUUAGGGGCUGGCCCUUCGGCAGUCCCAGCACUCAGAUCCCACCUUCCUUCCGCCCUUUUCAAGGGGAAACUCCACUUUACAGAGGCCGGGUCCCUAGUCAAGCCUCUUAUCCGAGAAACCAGACUAAUGAGCCCGAGAGUCCUCGGGUGGCACCCAAGCAGUGGAUAACCAAGAGAGGGUGUGGCCCUUCCCUUUCAGCAGUGUCUCGGAGGGGGUGGGGUAAGGAGACAGCCUGGAGAGUCAUCCGCCCCCAAGAAUCUAUGCGGACCAGAAAAACUACAACUUCUAGCGUGCAUUGGGCUCCUUUCUCUCCCCACUCCGCCUCCCCCUUCCCCAACACCCUAGCCCCGCCACCGCCCGCCCAUUGCACACCGGGAGAUGUAGUGCCCGCAGGAAAGGAUCCGAUUUAACUCUUCGAGGGACCUUACAGAUGAUCUAGUUAAACUCCUUUAUUUCACAGGUAGCCCUGGGACAGGAUGGCCUGGAGCCUGCUGGUCCUUCUGCCCUGUCUCUUAGUCUCUGUGCAUGGGAACUCAGCUCCAAGAUUCACCAGUAACAUGACUGUAGUUCGUCUGCCUGAGGACAUGCCUACGGGGACUGUAGCUUUCUGGAUUACAGCCACAGACCAAGAUGGUGACCCUCUGGUCUACCAGAUGAGUGGUCGUUAUUCAUAUUUCUUUGAAGUCAACGAGAACACAGGGGAGACUACCCUGAGCAGUCCUUUGGACUAUGAGACACUGUUCCUUUUCGAUGUCACCAUCUCUGUGUGGGAUAAUGUAAAUCCAGAGGUGCAGAAGCAGUUGCAAAUCAUUGUGCUUGACACGAAUGACAAUGAACCAGUCUUCAUGGACACACCCUAUUCUACUAGUAUCAAUGAGACCCUGCCUGUGGGCUCCCAGGUUUACACAGUGAGAGCAGAAGACCCGGACACGGGGCUAGGUGGCGUAGUGAACUACACCAUUCUGGAGGUCAUCCCCAACACUGCUGAAAACCAGAAACUCUUCUCUAUCCUGCCCAAUGGAACCAUCAUCCUUGAAGGUCCUCUCAGCUACAACAACAAAAGCGUAUUCUACCAACUGAAACUGCAGUCUUGUGACCAAGACCUGGAUAAACCAUUGUGUUCCCAACCAGCCUUCCUGACAAUUACAGUGAUAGACCUUCCAGAUCUGGACCCAGAGUUUCUCCAGGAGCCUUAUACAGCUUCAGUAGAAGAAGAUGCAGCCAUGGGCACCACGGUGUUGACCUUGAAGGCUAUGGAUGGAGACAAAGGCAUCAACGAUCUGGUCAAAUUCUCUAUUUCUAAUUCUACAAGGCCUUGGUUCAGCAUCGGGGAGGAGGAUGGGGUCGUCGAGGUGAGCCACCCUUUGGAUCGGGAGCUACUGCUGGAUGAGGAUGAAGAGGUGCACUUAGAGGUCACGGCCACAGAGAUCCAUCUCAACAUCUAUGGGCAAGAGGCAAAGGCCAGGACCUGGGUCACCAUAAGAGUGACAGAUGUUAACGAUCACUGCCCCCAGUUCUACCACUGCAUCUUGCCUGACUGUGAUUUCUCUGAUGAUAAGGUGGUAUCUACUUUUAGUGGCUAUGUGGCUGAACACUCCUCCACCCGACUGCCCAUUAGUAACCUGUCCAUGGUGGGUUAUGAUCCAGACAAGAACCUCAACGGUACUUUUCUGCUAUCCCUGUCUGGCCCUGAUCACAUGGCAUUUACCGUGUCCCCUGAAAAGGUGGUGAACACAGGAGAGGUACAAGUAUUGGUCUGGCAGCCUAACCUUGUGGAUUUUGAGCUGCAGCAGACAAUGGAAGUAGAGGUCAUAGCCCAAGACUCUGGCAACCACAUGGUCUCCACUGCCACAGUAAUCAUCCACGUGGAAGAUAUUAAUGACCAUGCACCUCAGUUCAAUGAGAGCCAGUACAUUUUAUAUGUAUAUGAGCACUGCCCAGAUGGCACAGUGGUUACCAACGACAUCAAGGCCACAGACCCUGAUACUGACUUCCGAGGACACAUCACCUACCAACUUAUCUCAGGGAACAGUGCGGAUAUCUUUCAGGUGAACUCCAGCUCUGGAGAGAUAACAGUGAAAAAUGGCACCCUACUGGACCGGGAACUGCAAUCUGUCUACUAUCUCACACUGCUGGCCACAGAUGGAGGUGGCCUGACGGGCUCCACCCUCCUGCAGGUCAUCCUGCUGGACAUCAAUGACAACGCCCCUGUGGUUACUGGUUCCUACAACAUCUUUGUCAAAGAGAUGACAGACGAUGUCUCAGUGACCAUCCAGGCCUAUGACAAUGAUGAACCCGGCACUGAUAACAGUGAGAUUCGUUUUAAACUCCUGCCUGGGCCAUAUAGUGACAACUUCACCGUGGACUCAGUGAGUGGAUUACUGAAGAACCAGGGGCCCCUGGACCGUGAAGCCAUUGACCCCAACCUGGCAGGAAGGAUCGUGCUGACAGUGCUUGUCUAUGAUCUAGGAGUUCCCUCGCUCAACACCACAGUGAAUGUUACCAUCUACGUAGAGGACAUCAAUGACAACAUGCCUGUGUUUGUUCAAAAUACUUAUGAAUUCUAUGUAAAGGAAAGAGUGAAGGGUGCAUACUUGGGCUUUGUGGAGGCCUGGGAUGCCGACCAGACAGAUGUCAACAACCGCGUCACCUUCACUCUGACUGGGGAUGGAACCAGCAACUUUGAGAUCCGCUCCACAUUCCAGGGCUCAGGCUGGAAUCGUGGGAAUGUGUCCCUGGUCCCAGAUGUGAGUCUAGACUAUGAGACGCCACCCAGCAACUUCACAUUGCUUAUACUGGCACAGAAUGCAGUUGAAUCGGAAGGGAUAGCAUCUGCCACAGUGCUGGUGAUUACAGAGGAUGUGAAUGACGAGGCCCCGAGCAUCCUAGCGUCCUCUUUGGAGGAGGUCAAAGUGUUUGAGCACCAAGGCAAAAAAGAUGAGUUCGUGACUCGUGUGGUGGCCCAAGAUCCUGACACAGAUGCCUUACUGGAAAUCCGUCUUCAGGACAUAGGCUGCUUCAAGAGAGGGGUUAACAUGGGUACUGUGUGCCAAGACUGGUUCAGGUUGGUCCCCAACGGUAGUGUCUAUAUCAACGACAGCUUGGCCAUCGAUUAUGAAGUCUGUGACCUCGUCAGACUAUUCGUCCAGGCCCUGGAUCUGCAUACAGCUGAGGGUUUCCCUGCCAACAGCCCUAACGAGACUCUACCCAUCGCCAUCUUGGAUGUGAAUGACCAUCCACCCCAGUUCCUGCCUUUGGAUGAAACAUUUGUGAUCGUACCAGAAAUUCUUUCUCCAAAUCAGCAGGUGGCUUUUGUGAAGGCCACAGAUGAGGAUGAUGGGGUCAAUGCAGCCCUUUCCUUCUUCAUUGACUUGGUGGAAUUCAUCUCCAAGGAUGGCUCCAGAACCCCCUCUGAAGGCCUGUUCCGGAUCAAGUCUUCAUCUGAAGGCGACAUAUACACAGGCAGCAUAGAGGUGGUAACUUCCCUUGACAGUUCCCUCCAGGGAACCUACCAGCUAACAAUCAGGGCCCAAGAUAACUCUAGUGAGAACACCCGUCUGACAGCAAAUACCUCCCUGAAUCUCUUCACUGUGGACCAGAGCCAUCGCCUACGGCUUCAGUUCUCAACAGGAGCAGCAGAAGUGGGAAGCAAUACUAAUAUAAUCAGAGCUGCCCUGACGGAAGCAACGAGGACCACGGUCCACAUUGUGAGCAUUAAGGACAUUGAAGUCUCAAUCUCCAGAGCUAAGGGCUUGUCUUAUAUGGAUGCCUACUUUGUGUACAGCAAUGGAACAGCCUUGAACCUCAAUGAACUCAACUUAUUCAUCCGAGGUGACCAGGAUGCAUUAGAGAUACUGCUACGACUUGGGCUGGUGGUGAUUGGCUCUGGGGAGGAGGUAAAGCAGGACAAGGAGACAGAGCUGCUCGGCAUCAUUGCUGGCCUGGGGUGUGCCUUGACAGUUCUUAUUAUCAUCAUGACCAUAUCAUUGGUGUGCACCAGGAAGAGCUACAAAAGGAAACUUAGAGCUGUGAAGGCUGCUAAAGAGGCCAAGAAGACAAGCCAUGGAUUCAACCUGCAGGGCCCUGUAAUCCCUGGGACAAACCUGUUUAAUUCAGAGAAAGCCAACCCCAUGCUCAAUCUCUCUUCGAUGGAUCUGGGCUUUGAAUCUCUUUCCUCCCAUAAUGAAGAUGAUGUUGCCAGCAUCAACUCCCUGGAUGAGAACAAGGUGGAUACAGAUAUGGACAUGAUGAUCGACAUUGACCUGGGGAAGAAGCACAAGGAGAAACCAGAGUUGACAGCUGCUGAGCUGCUGACCAUGGUGCUGAAGGAAGGAAAAGGCAAAAAUCAAGAAAGGGACAAGAUGGUGCUGAAAUUGGGCGAAUUCAACAUGGCUCUGGAUACCACUGACCUCUGAUCCUACCUACACCACAUGCCACCCUCCCACCCCACUCCUGAGGUCGCCCCCUCUCUCAUUCCUCCUCCUCUCAGAACAUAUAUCAUGAGCCCUGACCUGUUGAUGACCUGUGUGACACAUCUGCUUUUGGGAUGAGACUCAGUGCUUCACUGCUAUGUCUUUCAUUCAUCUCACCUGCAUGUGCUUCAGGCCUGGUGGCUGGCUUCAGCCUGUGUCUAUAAUAAAUUAAUUCUCUUGUAUGCAUA